AUGCCAGGCCAGAAGAAGCAAAGGACGGAGGUCGCACAGCAGGUGGAAGCUCAGUUGGCUACUCCCAUCGAGCACGAGACGAUCAGUACUAUCGCACGCAACUUGAACCUCGAUACGUGGCAAGUUGGUGGCUUUGCACUCGGCAUUCACCAUAUUGAGCCAAGUUUCCCCGACUGGUUUUACGCUCGGAAGGAAACUCUGGACCUCAUCAAGUUGUUCCGCCAGAACGUGCAACAAACGUUCAACACUGUGUUUGUGGGAUCGCCUGGUGUCGGGACCAGCACGCUCGUCGUGCUGCUCGCGCUCUACAUGGCGCUGCACCAGCAGAAGCGUGUCGUUUUGUUUCGAAAGCUGAAAGCGGACGAAUUUUCCAUGUUGUGUCUGGAUCCGGUGCACCAGCAAUAUUGGCGCAAGCAUACAAAGUCUAUCGCCGGCUUGGAUCUUGUGGGGGAUCGAGACUUUGAGCUGUGUCUUGACGGCUUCCUCCGGGAGGAAAUCGAUCAUGAUUUAAUCAACUUUCACCGUCUGACCAGGUUUCGGAUGCUUGCCACUUGCACUCAAUAUGACAUGAAGAACGACGAAACCCGCAUACGAAGGAAG